AUAAAAGGUCAAUGAAUGACUUGUUGAGCCUGCUAAAACAGGGCAAGCGCUUCCAGCGGUUUGAUGACUUGAGGAGCGACCAAAUCCUCCAAUGGUAUUGCUGUGACUGUGGCCAGAGCUAUGGAACCGUUAUGUACCAAGACCAUUUAAUAGACUUGGCCCAGCAACAGCAGCACUUAAUUCUAGCGAAAGCCACCAGCCCCGGACGCGGGCUCAGCCCGCCACUGCUGCCUGCAGCGACUCCCCCGGAGCCCCAGGAGACUCAGCUGAUUCUGCUGAGUCAGCUGACUCCCAUAAAACGGUACAAGUCGCUACUAUAUUCGCUCAGUGAUCGAGAGUCGCUCAUGAAUCUCUUGAGCGGAUUGGCUUCUCCGGCCGGAGAAAAUACUGUUUCCAACUCGGACGAUGACGAUGACACCGAACUCGAAGAAUACGCCUACCACUCAAACUCCGAACUCUCUCAUUCCACAGAAGUACCCCUUGCGGCUAAUUAUACUCUCGAGUCUCCAGAUGCCAGCCUUUUGGCUGCGAAUGGCCAUGGCCACCGAGCAUAUCCUUCAAACUUGUCACAGUACUUGGUUUCGAUUCCCGAGCGAUUUACCUGUAAUCGAUGCUGUCACAUGAUGUGCCCCUAUUGCCUCAAGCUUCGAUGUCGGGACAUUUGCUCCACAUGAAAUUCCUUGAUGUUCCUCAUGCAUGAAUGGAUUAUGUGCCUGAAUCGGGAUAAUACACCACCUUUAUUUAUGACUUCAUGACCACCUCCAUGCGGGGGGUGGAUCUUCACGUUCCCGCAUCUGUAUUUAGCUUUCAUAUUAUUUUUGUAUACUAGACUUUGAAAGAACAAAGUGUCUAAAAAUAGCCUGGCAUCGGCCGGGCAGGUGAAACAACGUACUGGGGUACUUUCAACCGCUUUGUUCCCCAGGAAUACAAAAGCUGAUCGGGGAACGCUAUCGCCUUGGCAGGUACCACUGCGGCGUUCGCUUGACCUUCGGUUGACGCGCGUUUGCACCCAGUUGUGGGUGGUUUGUGCAGAUGCGAUUUCUGACUUUUAUGCGCGAUCCACCGCGUUGUUGAUGAUGUUGAUGCCAUGAAUGAAGACCUUGUAAACGAUAAAAUAGAGCUUGCAAAAUUGUACUUUAAGUCCAAGAGUUACAAGAAGGCCCUUUCUACAUACACCCAACUCGUUGAACACAUCGCCACAUAUACUCCCGCCAAUGUGGCUCGUGUGCUACGAGCGUAUAAUCUUCCAGAGACUCCAUUGAUAGGAAAACCCCAUCACCCCAGACUCUCGUCCAUUCUUGAUGCUAGGGCUGCGACGUACGAAAAGCUUGGGGAUGUGUCACAAUCCUUAGCCGAUAGCCAAAGUUCAUUAAAAGUGAAUCCACUCGACUUGAAAGCUUACUUGCGGAUCGGUAAGAACUAUCUUAAGAUGGGCGACGAGAUAAAAGCAUUCAGAAACUACCAAUGUGGGCAUUAUCUCGUGUCAAAAUUCUUACAGAAACAUACAGAUUAUUCCAUCAACCGGGACCUUUUGGGAAAGUUAGAACAAGCGUACUCGAAGCUCAAUUCCCACUUGAAGAGAAAAAGACAACUCCAAACCCAACUAGAAAAACAAUUGCCGUUGAAAAAGGCGAAGAAGUCCAUCGACCCGUUUGACCGUUUGG